AUGAUUGAAGACACUCAUUAUCAUUCACAACAAGCCAAUAAAAAUUAAAACUAAUUCGAUAGAAGAAGAAGUAGUGUAUAGUUUUAAGAUGCUUCAACAAUGAUCAACCCAAGCAGCACUCAUCUCUCUAGAAAUGCAUCUUACUCUAUGCCACAUGAAAGUCAAAUAAAUCCUCAGAUACUUGCUAAGAUAGCAGCUAUGGUGCCCUACAAUUCAGAUAAUAAAAAGAAAUUUUUUAGAGUGGAUCAUGUUCUCAAACCAAAAAAGAAACCAGAUCCUCUUGAAGAAGAACAAGAGAAUGAAAUAAGAAAGAAUUUGUAAUUGUCACCAGAGAUAGUCAAGGAGGAUUUAUUAAACAAACCAUUAGUAGGACCUUAAGCAGUCUAGUUAUAUUAUCAACAUUAUAAAAAAGUGAAUAAGGUUCGUUAAUAAAAUGACUUCUUCAAAAUUUCAGAUAGUGUAUAAACUGCAAUGCUUCGUUAAGCGGAAUAAAUUGAUGUAUUACCUUGUAAGAUAGGAGUUGUCAAAACUAAAGGCAGUGAAUAAUCUCUCUAGAUAAGUCAUUAGAAGUACGGAGAUAGAUAUGCAUCCAUGUUAAGUGAGGGUUUGAAAGUCAACCCUAAUAUCAAGGAUUUUUAUAUGGCAAAUAAUAGAAUUCAAAGUUCAGGAGCAACAUAACUAUUGAAUUAAAUUGGAAAAGUGGCCAAGAUUCUCGAUCUUUAAUAAAAUAAUAUCGGAAAAAUAGGAACAGAUUCGAUUUGUUAGCAAAUAUAAUCAAGAGAAAACAAAUUAGAAGUGUUAAAUUUAGAAGACAAUAAAUUAGGUGACAGAAAUGUAACUCGUAUUUUGAAGGCAUUGUUGAAUAGCAAUAAUAAGUUGAAAUCAUUAAAUGUUAGUAAGAAUUAUUUGACAAACGAUAUUGCAGAAAUAUUGAAGGAUAGUAUAAUUCAAUUAGAUAAUAUGGAGUAAUUAUAUAUACACUGGAAUUAAAUAAAAGGAUGGGGCGGAUAGAAGAUAUUUGAAGCCUUAAUAGAGAAUAAGACUUUAUUGGUAUUUGAUGCUGGUUGGAAUAGCUUUGGAAUCUAAGAGAGAAAAGAUGUUUAAUGUAUAUAGAAGAUAUGUGAUUUUUUGAUAACUAAUAAGACUGUGUUGCAUUUUGAUUUAUCAUCCAAUUAAUUUAGUCUAAAUGAUUGUAAACUAAUAGCAAAUGCAUUAAAACAGAACAGAACAAUAUAUGGAUUUCACUUUGUGAAUAAUUGGGGAGUUAUUGAUGCAAGAGGAUUCUUAUAGAUAUAGGAGAACGAAUUAUAGCGAGUCUUAGGAGAAACACCUAGAAUCAAAGGAUUAUAGUAGACUACAACAAUCAGAUAGGAGAAUGUGUGUUGGAUAUGUGAAGGUUGGUAAGAGUAGAAGUUUACUUGGACGCCUGAGAUAUCAGGAGAAGGUGAAGCAGAUCCUUUAUUUAUUCAUUUGGAUUUUGAGGCUUAUAAAUAAGUGUAUAUUCCAAAGACUCAGGAUCAAAUAUCUUUAACUUUAAUGAUCCCUACAAAUACUACCUAAUAUAUUUACACAAUGAAUGAUACAUAAGUGAUUGCUAUUGAUUAACCAAAUGUUCCUUAUGGACACUAAUUGAAAAUUAAUUACAAUAAUAACUAUAUAAGUGUUUUGAUGGAUAAUGUAAAUUAAGUAAAGAAGGACAAACAUUUUUCAAUUUUUGAUUAAGUUGAAUUCAAACCAUUAAUUAGUGUGUUACCUAGAACACCAGAUCCAGUUUAUAUUCCUCCUAAGUUGAAAAAGUAAAAGAGAAUUUGGACAUUCCCCAUUUCUAUUUGGGCUAAGGAUUUUAAAUUUGAGAAUGAGGAUUUAUUGAAGAAAUGCUUUGAAAAAGAUUUCUCUUGUAGCAAGAUAUCCAAAAUAGUAAAGAAUCCUGAUGAAUUGUUAGAAAUUAAGAAUGUUUUAUGGGCACAUUAUAAAUUGAUUAAGGAAACUUAUAAGUAAUAUAGUUCUAACAGUCCAACGGGGGAUGUGUGGUCAAUAUCUUCUAAUGUUAUCACAGAGUUUGCUUAAUAAACUGAAUUGAUAGACGGGAAGUCUUUAAAAUUGUCUGAUUUAGAUCUGAAAUUUAUAGCAACCUGUGCAGCUUCAAUUGAAUACAAGGGAAAUUUUAGGAAUCCUGAGAGAGCACUUUGUAGAUUCUAAUUUAUGGAGUUUUUGGUUAGGGUUUCUGAGGAUAAGUAUUUGAAAACGAAAGUUGCUAAUAAUAUGUUGGAGGCAACGAAAAUGAUCUUAGAAUAAUGUAAAACAUACAUGUCCACAUUCGAUGCUUAGAAGUGGAGGGAUGAGAGAUAUUUUAAUGAACAAUGUGAUGAUUGUUUGAAAUUCUUCAGGCCUUUACUCAAUCACAUAUAUAAUAAAUAUAGUGUGAAGAAGGUGAAACCAGGUUAGAAGAAGUUUAUGUGUUUGGAUGAAAUACAUGAAAUAUGUUCGUAAGCCAGUCUUUACGACGAAAGGUUCGUUGAGAGAGAUGCUGAUAAUGCUUUCAAUUUAUCCAUGAUGCUCCAAGUUGAUGAAUUAGAAAGUGAUAGGAUAUUUUAGAUGACUUUCAUUGAAUUCUUAGAAGCAAUUGCAAGAAUUGCUGAUAAGGUAUCUAUGCCAGGAAUUGAUGCAGUAGAUUUGACUUGGGAUCAAAGGGCUGUAUAACCACUUCAUUUGAAACUAGAGAAGAUGAUAAUACAUUUAGCUAAUACUUGUUCAUCUGAAGAAUUUAAGUUACAGUAUGGAAAUAUUAACAAAUCAAUGUUUGCAAUAGUUGAGGAAGAUGAUUGA